UUAGUUUCUCCAAAAUAACAAGAUUUUACACAAUGGUAAAAAGCAAGGUUCUUGUUGUAGGUGGAACCGGUUAUAUAGGCAAGAGGAUUGUGAAGGCUAGUUUAGCUGCAGGACAUACAACGUAUGUCCUGCAACGGCCGGAGAUCGGCCUCGACAUCGACAAACUACAGAUGUUGUUGUCGUUCAAAGAGCAAGGUGCUCGACUUGUCGAGGCCUCGUUCUCCGACCACCGGAGCCUAGUAGAGGCUGUCAAAGAGGUGGAUGUUGUUAUAUGCACCAUGUCCGGUGUGCAUUUCAGAAGUCACAAUAUAUUGUUGCAACUCAAGUUGGUUGAGGCCAUUAAAGAAGCUGGAAACAUUAAGCGAUUUUUGCCAUCGGAAUUUGGUAUGGAUCCAGCACUAAUGGGAGAUGCAAUAGAACCAGGAAGAGUAACAUUUGAUGAGAAAAUGGAAGUGAGAAAAGCCAUAGAAGAAGCUCAUAUUCCUUAUACUUACAUUUCUGCUAAUUGCUUUGCUGGUUAUUUUGUUGGCAACCUUUCUCAACUUGGAACUCUUGUUCCUCCUAAAGACAAAGUUUGUCUCUAUGGAGAUGGCAAUGUUAAAGUGGUGUACAUGGAUGAAGAUGACGUGGCAACAUACACUAUAAAAAGCAUAGAUGAUCCAAAGACAAUGAACAAGACAGUGUACCUUAGACCACCAGAAAACAUUAUGACUCAAAGGGAACUGAUAGCCAAGUGGGAAAACCUUAAAGGGACACAACUUGAGAAAAUUAGCAUCUCUGAACAAGAUUUCCUAUCUUCCAUGAAAGAAAUGGACUAUGCUGGGCAGGUAGGAGUGGGACAUUUCUACCACAUAUUCUAUGAAGGUUGUUUAACUAACUUUGAAAUUGGACAAAAUGCUGAAGAAGCCUCUGCUCUCUACCCUGAAGUUUGUUAUACUCGUAUGGACGAAUAUCUAAAACGCUUUCUUAAUUAGCUU